UCAAGCCCUCCAGUUGUGGAAUUGUUAUGUUAUUUGUCUAUGGGACCGCUUGAUGCGGAUUGUUUGCGCCGGUGUUCCGAGCAGGUAAGACAGCACCAGCUGCCAGCGACCUGGCCGCCAGCCGCAGCCAGCGUAAGAUCUCCUACUCUCACAGGGAAAUGGCAGUGACGUGUGUUUUCAACUCACUGUCACGCUUGCGCGACAAACGUUGUCACUGGCUGGGUGUGCUGACCGGUGGAAAUGUUUUUGUCUCACAUGAACGUCGUCUGCGCCGCUGCGGUCCGCUGUACAGUGUGCUCUGUCGGUGCCGGCAGUGUCGCGUGGCUGGCGCCAGGCAGUGGACGACAGCCUGGGGCGCCGCCAUGACCUCCACCUUACCAGAGACGACGUGAAGCACGCCAACAACAAGCGCAUGGAUCGGCUUCUACGCCGCAUGCCGUCCCUGCGGCGGCUCACAACCGACCAUGACUUCUCACCGCCGGCGCCGUUAUCCGUUGACGUCGUCUCCCGGCUCUCAAGACACCUGGAAAGCGUGGAUUUGUUCCACUUCGACGCGGCCCCACAGCCUCUGGAGGGGCUGUGGACCAGGUGUCCCCGGCUGGGGGACGUCACGCUGCCUCGCGGGUCUGCCGAGCGGUGCGCGGAGGUGCUGCUUCGCCGCCUGCCGUCCCUGCGGCGGCUGGACGUGGCGCGGAGUGACGUGCGGGGAGAGUGUUUAUCGCUGCUCCCCGAGUCAUUGGAGGCUCUCUCGGUGGCCUGGUGUCGACAUCUACAGCCGGCCUGCCUGCGUCAGCUGACCCGCUGUCCUCGGCUGCGGCGGCUGGACGUGUCAGGUGUGGAGGGGCUGCAGGCGGCAGACCUGGCGGCGGUGCUGGCCGGCUGUCCACAGCUGGAGCGGCUGACGGCGAGGGGGCUGAAGCCGGCGCUGGAGCUCUGCCUGCCGCCGGCCGGCCUCCCCUCCCUCCGACACCUGGACGUGACGUGCUCCCGUGAAGUCACCGACUCCACGCUGAAGCGGCUGCCCGACCUGCUGCCAGGCCUGCACUCACUCAGCAUAGACAGUGAGCAUAUUCCACAUCACGCAGUUUCCGUGUAUUCCGUAGUGGCAACACGGUGAUGGUGCAGCUGAAGUGACGCAUUAAAGCCAGCUGUUCCAUAUCAAUAGGACACGCUCCCGACCCCGCAUGCCGUGGCUCCGCCAUGGAGUUGCGAAAGGCGGUGUUGUUUACAGCACCAGCGGUUCAGCCGCUGUUCAUGUUCUGACGUCAUCUGGCGAUCACGUGACGGUGCUGAUGCAUUGGACCCGGUCCGGCUUCUUGUGUGUUUCAGCGUGUUUCGGGGUGACGGCUGUUGGGCUGGACAGCCUGCCGCGGCUCAGGCAGCUGUGUCAGCUGAACCUGGCCUGGCUGCCCGCUGUGACGGACGCCACACUGGACCGGCUACACGGGCCGCGUCUGAGGAUGCUGGACCUGACCGAGUGCCAGUCUUGUUCAACAGAUGGUGUCACACGGUGAGCUCACCGGUGGGGGACGUGACGAAGGCGAUUAAAUGAGGAGCAUUGCAAACUGGCGGCGUUUCACGUGGCCUGGACACCCCGGGAGGCUGCCUAUUGUUGUUGUUUAGCUCUCGGCGUGUUUCCUGCCCAGCCGAGCCCAGCCGAGGCAGCUGAUAUGUGACCUCGAUCAGUAGUCUAAGCCUGGCCCAAGACGGGCCGGUGUUGAACGGCCAGCGAACUGCAGCCUUAAUGAACCAGGCUGUGCCCCUGCCUGCGGUGUGCUCGCCCUGUCCCCUCCGCGUCGCCAUCCCCCCGUAGGUGUGACCCGGUGCCGGCCCAUACCGGUGGCCGUAGAGUCUGCUCCUCCGCAGCUGAGCUCACCACGAGACAGCACUUGUGCGUCCCGCUCCCAGGGCCGUCACGUGGUGCAAGCCCCAUGUGGCCGGGGUGUUGCGGCCGGGACGGGCUCUGACGUCACACCGGGCUCCCCACUGCGUCAUCGGUCCAGUCAGAGCCGGCUGCAGGGGGCGGCACCCGCUGUUACGGCGGCGGAAGCCUCGCAGGCUAACGUCUGCUGACGCUGGCGAACAGUUGA